AUGUCCAGACGCACACAUACGCUCAACCGCAUAACCAACGAGACUAAGAUCCAAGUCUCUCUUUCGCUUGACGGAGGUCCCCUACCUGCCUUUCAACCGUCGGAACACUUCCCUCCGUCAAUACCUACAGCACAAAAGCAAGCACAUCCUGAUGUACUCUUCCCUCUGCCAUCGUCCCAUCAUGCAACACAAAUCACGGCAACCCAGCAGAUUGCCAUCUCGACUGGAAUUGGAUUCCUGGAUCACAUGCUCCACGCACUAGCAAAGCAUGCUGGCUGGUCAUUAGCAGUCCGCGCAUCAGGCGAUCUCAUCAUCGAUGACCACCACACUGCCGAGGAUGUCUUUUUGGCAAUUGGAUCGGCCUUCAAUGGUGCCUUGGGCAAGAGAACCUCCCUAGUGCGUUUUGGUCGAGGAGAUGCGCCUCUUGACGAAGCUCUUUCGUGGGCCGUAAUCGAUCUGUCAAACCGACCCUACAGCGUGAUCGAUUUUGGUUUUACCAGAGAAAAGAUCGGUGACCUCAGCACUGAAAUGAUCACCCACGGUCUCGAAAGUUUCGCCCAGGCUGCCAGUGUCACGCUACACAUCAAGUGUGUCUAUGGCCACAACAACCAUCACAGGGCAGAGAGCGCCUUCAAGGCUCUUGCUGUAGCAUGCAGGCAGGCAUGCGAGAGAAGAGCAGAAGGUACUGUUGGUAGUGGAGAUGUGACAAGUACGAAAGGCGUGCUUGGAUCUAGUGUCAAUGAAUAG